AACGUGGCACAAUUUUCCCUCAAAAUAACAGAGCACUAUUUUCCCGGAAAAUAACAGCACUAUUUUCCCGGAAAAUAUUUCUGGCUUUCUUGGCGCGAUUUCUCUCUUGCUCUCUAGGAGGUGAUUGUUGUCAAUGGAGCGCACGAUUCGUCAAUGGGAUUUUCUAAUCGCUCUUUUUACAGAAUUGGUUCACAGCUUUUAUGCUUAUGUUUGAACUUAUUUGUGUAAAGGUGGCUCAGCCUGUUCCUGGGUGGCUGAUUAAUAGAGAUAACUGGAAGAAGAGGCUUGAUGGUGUGGAAAUUGGGGAAGAAGACAUGAAAGUUAUAGUGAUGAAUUUCCUCGUCGUUGAGGGUUAUGUUGAAGUUGCCGAGACAUUCCGACUUGCCACUGGAACUAAUCCUGACAUAGAUAUUGGAAGAGUCGCUGACCGCAUGGCUGUUAAGACUGCAUUACAAAAUGGUGAUGUUCAGGCUGCAAUCGAAAAACUCAAUGACAUGGAUCCAGAGAUACUGGGCACAAAUCGCCAAUUAUUUUUCCGUGUUCAGCUCCAAAGGCUGAUAGAGCUCAUUCGGAAUAGAAAUACAGAAGAGGCUUUAGCGUGUGCCAAGGAGGUCCUUGCACCAAUUGCGGAGGAACAUAGAAACUUUUUACCUGUUUUGGAGAAAACUGUAGCACUUCUUGCUUUUGAAGAUCCCUCUAACUGUCCUUUUGAAGGAGAAGUUCUUGACAUAUCACUGCGUUCAAGCAUAGCAACUAUUGUGAAUGCUGCCAUUCUUAAAAGCCAGAAUCUCGACAAAGUCUCAGCACUUCAAUACUUGGUCAAGAUGUGGAUAUGGGCGCAAACCAACUGUGAAUUAGAAGACUCUGAUAUUUGACAAUGUAUCCACAGCUAUAUUAGAAGACCCUGCUUUUUGAAUGCUUGUGACCUGAUUUGUUAUUGCAUUUUGGAGAUUCUGGAUGAAGAUAUUGUGGCCAUUGUCAUGAAAAAUGAUCUAUGAACUACAUCCCAAAUAUGGCAGUUCCAGAUGUUUGUUAAAAUUGUUGUCCAUUUUCUUGUAAAUAGCUUAUUUUUGUGAUGGUAUUACCGUUGUGUACGAAAGGAUUGUCAAUAGUUACAUUCAUCCAUUCUUUUCCUGUUUUAGUGAUGUUAUAUGUACCAGUUGUACAAAAGGAUUGUCAAUACAUUCAUCAAUUUUUUUCUCAA